GGUAUGGAGUUGAAUGGGAUACUGCAAGAGGAAAACAUGAUGGGACUUAUAAUAGUGUUCAAUAUUUCAAAUGCAAAUUGAUCAAAUUGAAAGAAAAGUAGCUGAGAUAGAUUAUUUACGAAAAUAUGCUGCAGAAUAUCUCAAAGCAAAACUAAAUCAGACCCUUGAUAUAUUUGAAAAGCAAAACCCACAAUAUCAGAUUCUUAUAAACAUCCAUGGUCCACCAGAUGAAGUAACCUCAAAAACGUUAAAAGAUAGUUUACUUUUUUUAUACGUAAAAUGUCCAGAUGACCCUUCAAAAGAAGAAAUAAGUAAACAAGUUCCUGCAUCAACAACAGUGCGUCAGCUUAAAGGGAUACUUCAAAGAAUAUAUAAGAUUCCGACAUCAAAACAAAAAUUAUCAUAUUUUGACAGAAAGGUAUCUAGAGAAGUUAUGCUAGAUGACAACAUGAAACAGUUAGAAUAUUAUUCAAUGAACUCUGGUGAUAUUGUUUACUUACGAUUAUAAAGAUUUCUCAAAAAUAAGAAAAAAAAGAUUAAAAUAAACAGAA